ACGUCACUCGCUCAGUUCAGAGUUGAAAGUGGAGGAAAGCUUCAGCAUGGCGGCUUUAGUGAAGUGCAGAGUGCUGUUUCAGGCUUUCCGAUGUCAAACAAGCAUAAUCAACGGCGUGUGCAGGGCGGACAGUGUUUUGCAUUCAUUUCUAACCGAGAGGGUGCAUUGUGCGCGUCACGCUUUCAACGGAGGUGUCCGACUGCACAGCUCCGACGUUAAGUCUGGAGAUGACCUUAUCGUUAGACACCUGGACGGUGAAGACUCAGGGAUUGUUGUUUUGGGGAUUAAUCGCCCUGAAUCUAAAAAUGCCAUCAGCAAGAAUCUUGUUACGAUGAUGUCCGAAGCCGUAGAGUCAUUGAAGAAGAACAACGCAGUGCGUACUGUGAUUUUAUGCAGUCUGGUGCCUGGAGUAUUCUGCGCAGGUGCAGACUUAAAAGAAAGAGCAAAGAUGCACCAGAGUGAAGUAGGACCUUUUGUUACUAAAGCAAGGACACUUAUAACAGAGCUUGGUACUCUUCCCAUGCCAACGAUUGCAGCUUUGGAUGGGGCGGCUCUCGGAGGGGGUCUUGAAAUGGCUCUUGCCUGUGACAUCAGAGUGGCAGCUGCCUCUGCUAAGAUGGGACUAGUUGAAACUAAAUUGGCCAUCAUCCCCGGCGCUGGGGGAACCCAGCGCCUGCCCCGAACCGUAGGGGUGUCCGUAGCUAAAGAGCUGAUAUUCGCGGCGCGGGUGCUGAGCGGCGAGGAGGCCAAGCGUCUCGGCCUAGUCAACCAUGCCGUGGAGCAGAAUCCCAGUGGAGAUGCGGCGUAUCUGCGAGCUCUGGAUCUGGCCCGGGAGUUCAUCCCUCAGGGGCCGAUUGCGAUUAGAAUGGCGAAGUUGGCAAUCAACCAGGGAAUGGAGGUAAGAUUGCACAUUGUACUGACUUAUCUGGUCAGAAAUAAAGAGCUGGUUUCUUCCUGGGGUUUGAGAGUGAUGCAAUCUGUGUUGGCAUCUUCUACCAAGGGACUUGAAUGUUUGCCAAACUACCGUAGA